UUAGCACAAAAUCUCUAACAAACACAGUCUCCGUGUCUCUAACAAGAAGUCAAAUUAUUACCGCAAAAUCCAACUGCCUACUAACAGCCAUUCCUUUUGUUAGUCCUCUCUGCUAAAGUUAGCUUUCGUCACCAUAUAUGGCAGUCAAAGCUUCCUUUAGCUCCCUCCGCCUCCCUACUUCCCGUCACCACCACCACCACUAUCUCCGUCUCUCCUGUCACCAUCCAAGCUCCACCGUCCAGGUCGCCACCGCUACCACAAUGUCCGACGACGAAACUCGUCCCCACCCCUCACUUGAAGUCAUAGGUGGAGCACGUGACACCUUCCUUCCGAUCUUCAAAACCUUACACCGUCCCUACAAAACUUUCCCUCUUAUCGGGCAUAACCGUCAUUUCGAGACUAUUUUUGCUUCCUUCUUCCGCACUACUCCUUACGUCCGUUUCAAACGAGAGUGUCUCCGUACCAAUGACGACGGCUCCGUCGCUCUCGAUUGGGUCGCCGGUGACAGCCGCCGCUUGCCUCUAGACUCUCCCAUUCUCAUUUUACUGCCAGGGUUAACGGGAGGAAGCGAGGAUUCAUAUGUAAGGCAUUUGUUAGUUAAAGCGAAAAGCAAAGGAUGGCGCGUCGUCGUUUUUAAUAGUAGAGGUUGUGGAGAUAGUCCUGUUACUACUCCUCAGUUCUAUUCAGCUUCGUUUCUAGGAGAUAUGCGCGAAGUAGUGGGCCAUGUUACAGCUAGGUAUCCGAAUGCUAAUUUAUAUGCAGUUGGUUGGUCUCUUGGUGCGAACAUUCUUGUCAAUUAUUUGGGUGAGGAAUCUCAACAUUGUCCUCUAAAGGGCGCCGUCUCACUGUGUAAUCCUUUCAAUUUGGUUAUUGCUGAUGAAGACUUCCGUAAGGGCUUUAACAUAAUAUAUGACAAAGCUCUUACAAGAGCACUCCUUAAAAUUUUUGAGAGGAAUGCAUAUCUUUUUGAAGAGCUGGAUGGUGAAUAUGAUAUCCCAUCAGCUGCUAAUGCCAGGACUGUUAGGGAGUUUGACCAAGGACUGACACGCGUAUCAUUUGGUUUCAAGUCAGUGGACGAAUACUAUUCUAGGUCAAGCAGUUCAGAUGCCAUCAAAUAUGUCCAUAGACCUUUGCUCUGUAUCCAGGCUGCUAAUGAUCCAAUUGCUCCUGCAAGGGCAAUACCUCGGGAAGAUAUCAAGGAAAACUCAAAUUGUUUGCUGAUAGUGACACCCAAAGGUGGCCAUCUAGGGUGGGUCGCAGGUGCUGAAACCCCACUUGGUGCUCCUUGGACUGACCCUAUAGUGAUGGAUUUCCUCGAACAUCUGGAGAGAGGUGCUUCUAAAACUGCCGCCUUUGGUUCUGAUGCAGAAGGUGUACAACAGUCCGUUGAUGGUGUUCAUCAAAUAGAAGUAUAACUUGUUUUCACAUUCAUUCUCUCUAGUAUUAAGCUAAUAUCUUUAUUCUUUCAAAUGUCACAUUGUCUGAACUUAACAGAUUGUUAUAUAUUCAAACAAGGAUGUGAUACUUGUGUACCCAAUAUACAUGAUGGGUGGUAAUAUUUCCUUAUAAUAAGUUUUCCAGAUAUUCCAUCCUUGUUUUUACUA